AUGGAUGAGCUACUCUUGAGCCCUGACAAAGCAUGGAAGCUGAACCUUGUUCUGCAGCGACUCUAUCUCAUGGGUGCUCCGAAGGUUUUGAUGGCGUGCAUCAUCCUGCUCACGGCAAACUCGAAAUUGGACACAUUCACAGAGGGAAGGAUAGAAAACAUUAUUGCGCAGAAGAUUCCUGAGUUCAUCACGUCGUGCGAUAUGAGGACCACGCUAUUGAUUUUGGCCGUGGUUGCUAUGGGAGGAAGUUGGAUGCUUGAACAGCCAAGAAGCUCGCUCCUAACCUGGCAUCCUAGAAUCAGGCUUUUGUGGAGACUCCUACCCAAGGUCUACCAAGCGAAGUGGUGGGCUGGAAUGUACGGUGCUCCGACAUGGAAGAGGCACAUUGGUUGGAGCAGUUCCCCCACAAUUCAAUGCUUGGACUUGGGCCGUUUGUGCAAAAAGUACAAAGACACGAUUGCCAAGUAUGGUGUAAAGAGCACCAAGCAGUACAAGUCGAAGACCGGUGUCAAAAGGUUUGCUGGCUCCAAAGCAUUGAAGUCAACGGGGUCUUACCCUCCAAAGUUUGGACUUCGAUUGGCCAGGCUUUACCCACGAUUCAUCCGCACACGUCCUCGCUUCUGGGCUCAUGUGGAGGAGAACAACUUGAACUUUGGCAUCGAUCUCUUCGAAUCCUUGCCGUGGCAUGAUGUGGAUUGGUGGGUGGACGCCAGAAUGGAAUCAGUCUUUCGCUAUUUGCGGGGGAGUCAUGAUUUGAAGUUGGGGGGCUUGAGGUCCCUUUUUCCAACUGAAAUUUAA